CUUAAAAUGUAGGAUUUUGUCCGAAUAAAAUGCAAGAAGUGAAAAAUCCAUUUAAACGGACGUUGGUGUUAUGUUAUUAGGCCGCGAGCAUGCUACCAUUAGAGAAAAAAGACAUUUUACUUGAACAACUCAAUGCGUUUGGCAUAGUGUUGUUAUUCAUACGAUCAAGAUUGAAAAUUCAAAACCGGUCAAGAAAUUCCAAAUCCAUCUUUAAAGUUUUGGUGCACGGAUUUUGGAUUUUUUUUGGUAGAACUAUCGCGAGCCAGGUUUUUUUUUUUUUUUUUUAUCUGAUUCAGAGAAAGCGUCCUUGCGACCGAACUCCUGGAUAACAGGAGCUUCAACGUAAGAACAGAGAGUGUCAGAGAAGCUUCGGGCGCAGCUAGCAAACCGCAAUGUUCCUGGUCUCGAACCCGAGCCAGCCAUGGAACUCGAUCCAGCCCACGCUCGCUCACGUCCGGAGCUGCAAGACCCCCCGCGACGUGAGCCAAAUCCACGCGAGGAUGAUCACGACCGGCCUCAUCCGCAACGCUUCUCUCACCUCCAAGCUCAUCCUCGCGCUCUGCUCUUCCCCGGACCCGCCGGUGGCCGAGUUCGCCCGCCGCGUCUUCUUCGCCCACCGCGCCUUCUCGGGCCGCGGGGGCGGGCCCGGGGAAGACCCUUUUCUCUGGAACGCGGUCCUCAAGUCCUACUCCCAUGGAGCUGAGCCCGAGGGAGCGUUGCCCGUGUUCCGUUUGAUGGCCGAGAGCGGGGUUUCGGGGGACAGGUUCUCGUUCUCUCUGGUCUUGAAAGCGUGCUCGCGGUUGGGUUCGUUGAAGGAAGGGCUGCAGGUUCAUGGGUUGUUGAGGAAACUGGAAAUGGCGUCGGAUUUGUACUUGCAGAAUUGUUUGAUGGGGUGGUACUUGCGGUGUGGAUGCCUUGACGAUGCACGCCAGGUGUUUGAUAGAAUGGCCGCUCGGGAUUCCGUCUCUUACAAUUGCAUGAUAGAUGGUUAUGUUAAGUGUGGGAUGAUUGAAUCAGCACGUGCAUUGUUCGACUCGAUGCCAGUCCAGGAGAAGAAUCUGAUUUCUUGGAACUCCAUGCUGAGCGGGUAUUCGCAAUUAGAAGAUGGACUUAUCCCUGCUCAGAAGCUUUUCGAGGAAAUGCCUGAGAGGGACUUGAUUUCGUGGAACACUAUGAUUCAUGCACAUGUCCGGUGUGGGAAGAUGGGAGAUGCUCAUGAACUGUUUAAUGCGAUGCCUGAAAAGGAUGUGGUCACUUGGGCUAAUAUGAUAGAUGGCUAUGCCAAGAUAGGAUGUGUGGAUAUUGCAAGAGAUUUCUUUUCUGAAAUACCUGAGAGAGAUGUUGUAGCUUGCAAUGCAAUGAUGGCUGGAUAUGUUCAAAAUGGUCUCCAUGCAGGAGCUUUGAAGAUCUUCUAUUCUAUGAAGAAUGAGAGGAAUUUGUCGCCUGAUGUCACUACUUUAUUGAUUGUACUUUCUGCUAUUGCUCAAUUAGGACAGCUUAAUGAAGGAAUUGCAGUGCAUCGCUACAUAAAAGAUAUCGGCUUCUCGUUAGGUGGAAAACUUGGUGUUGCUCUAAUAGAUAUGUACUCAAAAUGUGGCUCCAUUCAGAAUGCCAAGUCAGUAUUUAAUGUAUUGCCUAAAAAAGAUGUGGAUCACUGGAAUGCAAUUAUAGGUGGUUUGGCUAUUCAUGGUCUAGGAGAAUGUGCUUUUGAUAUGUUGAUGGAGAUGGAAAGACUCUCCAUGAAACCAGAUGAUAUCACGUUCAUUGGAGUGUUGCACGCGUGUGGCCAUUCUGGCUUGGUGAAGGAAGGUCUCAUUUGUUUUGAAAUUAUGAGAAGAGUUUACAAGAUAAAUCCAAGAAUUCAACACUAUGGUUGCAUGGUUGACAUCCUCUGUCGGGCAGGUUAUUUAAAUGAGGCAAAGAAAUUCAUUGAAGAAAUGCCUAUUGAGCCAAAUGACAUUAUUCAGAGGACCAUGAUUAGUGCUUGUAAGAUUCAAGAGAACUACAAAAUUGGGCUGCCAGUUGCUAAUUCUCUAUUGAGGCAGGCUUCAUGCAAUUCAACUUCUUAUAUUCUUCUCUCUCACAUGUAUGCGGGUCUUGGUCUGUGGAAGCAGGCUAGAAGUGUUAGAGAAGUAAUGAAAGAGAGGAGAAUUCCAAAACUUCCAGGAUGCAGUUGGAUUGAACUCAACGGAAUCGUUCAUGAGUUUUCUGUGGAUGAUAGGUCCCAUUCGCAAGUUGCAGAGAUUUAUUCAAUGUUGGGCAGUCCAUUGAUUUCCAAUUCAGAAGUAACUUGCUAGGAAUUAGUUGUUGAGUCAGAAUUCAAUGAAGAAUUCUUUCUUCUACCUGAGAAAAUAAGGGAUCAAUUCAUCUUCCCAAUUUGGGGGAAAAGGCAAAGCUCCCCAGUUUGCGACAGGCCCUCUGUAUCCUUGUUUUUGGGAAGCCUCUUUAUGUCAAUUGUACAUACGGGUUAUUAACUUAACUCUAGCUAUGUAAAGCACACUGUAAUUAGCAUCUCUUUUGAAUCUAAAUAGUGCACAAUUUGCUCGUGUA